AUGUUUGAAGAGAUCCCCUCACGCUCGACUGAUGCCGUAGAGGUCACUGCAGGUUCGACCUUGAACCAGUCCCAAAAGCCUCAAGCAAAAACAGAUUCUAAGUUACCGAGUGCACGCCAAAGCCGAUCCAUCGACAUAUUUAAACGCUUCCCCCUCUCGCCAACCAAAGGACUGAAGGAUCUGGCCGUCCAAGAGAUAACAAAUCGCAAGGAAGCCGAUGAGCCUGUAAAGAAAACCAAGGUCCGCGAACGCAAGAUGCAACGAGAGGCAAAAGAUAAGGUGAGGGAGGAGAAAAGAAACGUGAGCAAAAAACGGGCCCGACAAUACGAAGAACAAAAGAAAUUGCAAAAGGCAGAGGAGAAGAGAGUUCGAACGCUUUACAUGGAUGGAACAGCAUGA